UGUUGCCACACUCAGGGCCCCUGCUCCUGCCCUCCCCCCUCGGAGGCCCCGCACUAUUUUGGGUGGUGUCGACCCCGCCCCCUCCUCUGACUGCUCCCUAGCUCUCUGGGCAGCUGGAGGGGUCCCGCGCUCCUGUUGGGGCUGCAGCUAGGACCAGGGUGACUGCAACCAUGUCUGGCCGCUCCGUGCCACACGCCCACCCGGCCACCGCUGAGUAUGAAUUCGCCAACCCGAGCCGCCUGGGUGAGCAGCGCUUUGGAGAAGGCCUCCUGCCCGAAGAGAUCCUGACCCCCACCCUCUACCAUGGUUACUAUGUGCGGCCCCGGGCUGCCCAAGCUGGGGAGGGCAGCAGGGCAGGGGCAUCGGAGCUCAGGCUCAGUGAGGGCAAGUUCCAGGCCUUUCUGGACGUGAGCCACUUUACCCCUGACGAGGUCACUGUGAGGACUGUGGACAACCUGCUGGAGGUGUCUGCCCGGCACCCCCAGCGCCUGGAUCGCCACGGCUUCGUGUCCCGAGAGUUCUGCCGCACCUACGUCCUGCCUGCUGAUGUGGACCCCUGGCGGGUUCGCGCUGCCCUUUCCCAUGACGGCAUCCUUAAUUUGGAGGCCCCUCGGGGUGGCCGACAUUUGGACACAGAAGUCAAUGAGGUCUACAUCUCACUACUCCCUGCGCCUCCCGACCCAGAGGAAGAGGAGGAGGAGGUGGCCAGAGUUGAGCCCUGACUGCCAGAGACCCAGCACCCAGCAAAUCCCUUCCCGCCUCCCUCUGUGAUUUGCGCAGUUGCCGGCCACCCCAGAGGUAGCAGCAUCCUGGGGGGAAUGGGAGUGCUCCAGGUCCACAGUGUAUGGUUUGGUCCCUUGAGACAUGUUACAGCCUUUCGUUUAGUUCUGGGGGGUGGGGGGGGAGCUGAAUAAACCCAAAGCUCAGGGC